AUGCAAAAACUCAAAAGAUUUAAGCAAAAAGGCAAGAUCCAAACUCGAAACACCGAAGCCUCCCCAAAAGCCUGCAGAGAUAAAAAAGAAAUGACCCAAAGAGAGAAGCCAACUGCCAUGGAGCCUCAGCGACCUAAAGAUGCUGACGUGAUUCACACACGAUACCGAAUGAAAAAAGCAGCAACUACAAACAAAGAGGCUACUGGAAACUAUAUACAAACUCCUGUGGUUCCUCCCAGACCCACAGAACAGGAACUUAACGCCACAACCAGAUACAGCCACCUCAGGAAGGUACAGGCUGAGGACACACAGAGCCAAUCAGAAGUUCCCAAAGAUAAAGCGGACUCCAAACAGAGUGAUCAGUCGGUCCUGGCUGGAUUGUUUCGAGGGAGCCAAAAGGAGAAAACACCUUCGUUAACUAGUUACCUGAUCCAGGACAAGGAGGAAAAAACUGCUAAUGUCCCGGCCAAACAAGCUCCUGGCAGCAAACCGGCCAGCAGUGAGCUGAGUCCAGAUCCCAGCGCAGAGGAAACCAGCUCAGAAAAAGAGCAGGAAAAGAAUGCCGAACCUAAACAGGAAAAAGGGGGAAUAUUCAGCGGGAUGUUCAAGAAGUCUCUGAAACCACCGAAAGCUGCUCAAACUGACGAGCUGGCGAAAGGAGGCCUUUUCAGUGGAAUAUUAAAGAAAUCUCCCAAACUGUCUGAGGCCCCCCGACUGGAGGAGGGGAAAGGUGGUUUGUUCAGUGGACUCCUCAGAAAGACUCCCCAAACAACUGGAGAGGCGAUUCUAUCGGCGCAGAAAGAUCUCUCAGCCAGCAAUGACAGUCUCUCUGAAGCUGCUAACACAAAGGAGAAAGGAGGUGCGUCCAGCGGAUUAUUCCAGAAGCCGUCCAGACGUGCAGACGGUCCUCCUACAGAGGAAGAAACACAGUCACAUGUCGAUGAGCUCUCAGGCAGCAGUGAUGCUCUUAACACCAAGAUCGAGUCUCCUGACAGUGAGCUGUCAACCAGCUCCGAGAAUUUACCUGAGAACAAACAGGAGAAAGGUGGAGGGCUGUUCAGCAGACUCCUCAAAAAGACUCCGAAAGCAUCGAGAGAAAGCACAGAGUCACCGGAACGAGUAGUUCAGAAAGAGCAGUCGGUCAGCAAUGACAGCCUGUCUGAGAAUAAUACCAUGAAGGAGAAAACUAUUUUUAGCAACAUUUUUAAGAAGCCACAGAAACCAGAAGAGGGCGCUGCAGCAGACAAGGAGCUGGAGGUGAACAGAGAAAAAUGGUUAUCUGUGAGCUGUGAGAAUCUGUCUGACACCACCAUCCCAAAGGAGAAAAAAGGCGGCCUGGCGGGCAUCUUUAAAACAUCAGCGAGUAUUGACAACCUGUUUGACGAGGAAUCAAACGAAGAUAAGGAGUUAUCUGCCAGCUGGGAAAAUCUGUUAGAAGCAAACACAUACAAGGAGAAAACUGGAGGACUGGCAGGGAUCUUCAAGAGGUCUUACAAACCAGCUGCGCGCUCGAUUGCUAAUGAGGAUCCUCUCAGUGACACAUUGGAGCUGUCCGCCAGCUGUGGCAGCCUCGCAGAAACUGCAGAGGAUAAUCUUUCAGCAGUUGGUGAAUUGUCGAAUAGUAACGAUAAUCUUUCUGAAGCUACAAGCACCACGAAUGAGAAAAAAAGAGGGUUGGCUGGAACUUUUAGGAGGACGCCCAAAACAGAACAACAGGAAAGCGAGGAUAUGGAGGCAGCGGAAGGAGGCCGGCUGAGACGCAGGAGAACCAUCAGCAAGAAAAGACGAGUGGUGUCAUUCCGAGUCAAGAAAACUCUUCCCAAAAUACAGAAGCUUGAUCUACCUUCACAGAGUUCAGACAAGAUGCCUCUUUUUGAGGAGGCUGUAGAGCUGCAGGAGCUGAACCGAGCACAGGAGAGCACAGUAGAGGUCCAAACUUUGGAGAUGGCAGCUUACCCUACAGAAGACAACCCUCUGGAAUCUGAGGAAAAUGAUGAUUUGAUGGAGUGGUGGAACACAGUCAAAGGAUGGGCAGAGUGGAACGAGACGUCUAAUUUUCACGAGGAUGAUGGGCAAAUGUCGAUGGAGCAGGCAGCUGACCGUGUCUACAUGGCAGCCCGUCUCUUUGUGCGUCUUUUCAACAAGCGGGGGGCGUCCUUACAGCGUGGCAUCCUGGAGCUUUUGGCUCUGGCAGACGCUGCCGAUGACUUCCACAAAAAAACGGUGAAAGCCGCUGUGGGUGGAGGGGUGGCCAGUGUUGCUGGCAGCCUGACAACAAUCACGGGGCUCAUUCUGGCGCCUUUCACCUUUGGCGCCUCUAUUAUCGUCACGGCGGUGGGGAUCAGUGUGGCGACGGCGGGCAGCAUCACCUCAGCAACAGCCAACAUCACAGAUACAGUUCACUCUAACAUGGACCGUAAGAAGCUGGAGAAGAUGAUCCAGGGCUACCAGGAGGAGAUCAGCGACAUCAGGGAGUGUUUGGAGUUUGUGCAGGCAGGUAUGGACACCCUGCAGGAGUGGGACUUUGAGAAAUACUCAAAGAGCGUCACCAAAAAGGCUAUGAACCACAACCUCCGGCAUGUGAUGAAGGAGGGCGGCAUGGCCGGAAAAGCCCUGUUGGUCAACACAAACAAACUGGUCAGCACUGUGCAGGUUUUAGGCGCUGCAGGCGGUGUUGCCAAAGCCGCCCAGGCCAUCAGCAUCACCACAGGGGUGAUAUCAGCGCUCUUCCUGGCUCUGGAUAUUUUCUUCCUCGCCAAAGACUCCCACAAGCUCCGCAAGGGCGCCAAGACCAAGUUCGCCACCAAGAUCAGGGAGGUGUGCAAAGAACUCCAGGACGGCCUCCUGGAGCUGAACAAGGUGAAGACGCAGCUGCAGAAGACCAUGGACGGCAUUGAGGUGGAGGAGGUGGAGGUGGAGGAGGAAGAGGAGGUGGAGGAGGAAGUCGAAGACGAUCCCAGGAAGCUGGCUGAGCUGGAGCAGGAACUGGACCUACUGGAGGAGCAACUGGACAGGAAGGUUGAGGAAGAGCAGAAGAGUAAAGAUAUGGGGAAGGAACAUUUGAAAAGUAAGAAGAAAAAGAAGGAGAAGAGCGUGAAGGAAAAGAAGGACCAAGAGGAGAUGGCAGAUAAGGAUAGACGCAAGGCAAGCAAAGAAGACAAUUGCACAAUUAAAAAGACAGACGAGAAGGAGAAAGAGAAAAAGAAAACUGGAAAAGAACUAUGUUGGGAAACGGCAACGGGGAGAGAGGAGUGGGAAAGAGAGCGAAGGAGCAGCAGGGAGGAAUCUGACUUAAAGAGGAGUCACCGUGGGGGAGGAACAGCUCGGCAUGAUGACCACAGGGAGAGGGGAGGGGAGGAACAGGAGAGCAGGCGUGAGAGGAGGAAGUUUGACAGAGCAGUGGGUGAGGAGGAGAGGGGGAAGAGGAAAGAGGAUGGAGAGAGGAGAGGAAGUGACAGAGGCAGAGAGCAGGAACACGGCCACCGGGGAUCUGUACGUGGCUCCAUGGCGCUGCUGGAAGAUGGUAUUCAGCCAGGUGAAGGCCACGCCCUCUGCAGGAUGCUGCAGAAAGCCCAGCCCCCCCCACACCCACCACCACCACCUGAUGUUUGCUGAUUUAAAU